CUGCGCGGGCGGCAUGGCGGCGCCCAGCGAGCGCGGCCGCUUCGGCACUGGAAUCUUCCUUCCUGGCGGCGCGCGCUCCGAGGUGACGGACGACCUGGUGACGGACGCGCGCGGCCGCGGCGCGGGUGGGAGAAAAGCCGCUGCUUCGGCCCGGGCGCCAUCCGCGGGGCCGGCGUCCGACCCUCCGGCCUCCGAGCUCGCCUCCCCGCGGUGGCCCUGCCGGGCCUGCGUGGACUUCAAGUCGUGGAUGCGCACGCAGCAGAAGCGGGACAGCAAGUUUAGGGAGGAUUGCCCUCAGGAUCGCGAGGAACUGGGCCGCAACAGCUGGGCUGUCCUCCAUACCCUGGCUGCCUACUACCCCGACCUGCCCACCCCAGAGCAACAGCAGGAUAUGGCCCAGUUCAUACAUUUAUUUUCCAAGUUUUACCCGUGUGAAGAGUGUGCCGAAGACAUAAGGAAAAGGAUAUACAGGGACCAGCCAGACACGCGCACUCGGGUGAGCUUCACCCAGUGGCUCUGCCGUCUGCACAACGAGGUGAACCGGAAGCUGGGCAAGCCGGACUUCGACUGCUCACUGGUGGACGAGCGCUGGCGCGACGGCUGGAAGGAUGGCUCCUGUGACUAGCCAGCGGCUGAGCCUGGGGAGGCCCGGCCAGAGGGGGCGGGGCUCAUUAAAGUGCCAUCACACACAGAGCCGGUGGUGUCUCCGAUGGGUGGUCCCCAGACCCUGCCCUGGGAACCCUCUCCCUCUCCGGUUCAGAGGAGAAGUGGAGGAGCCCGAUGCAGGCACCUCAGUGGUGGCCUCCUCACUGCGGGCCUGCGAGGCUAUCAACAGGGGAGGCAGGGGCAGCCCAGGAGGUCCCUUCCCUUCAGGAUUUGGCCUCCUGCUCACCCACCCUGCCACCUGCUUCUCCACACAGGAAGCCCACAGGCCUGGCUGGGCACCACCAUCUCGCCCCUCGGGGCUGGCCAGUGUCUCCCCACCUUGUAGUGAGGGAUAGCGUGGGAUAGUGACUGUAGCCCCGGAGGCUGUGCACUGUUUGCACAUCAGGAAAGAGGCUUAUGGGCCGAACUCUGCUGCUCACCUCCGAUCCGGCCUCUGGCCUUACAGGUUCCGUGGAACUCGAGACCAAAAUAAAAUGCUGGAGAAAUGACCGAA